AUGGCAUCUGAACACGACACGUCCUCGGAAGUGACCAAAAAUGUGUUGCGGGAGCGUAGACAUUUCUACACCCAGUCAGAGUUUGACAGGCAGUACUUUCACAGACCGCCGCAGCCCCCCGCGACUUUCCGUGGGAAAAUGGACAUGGUCGUGCGCAGGACUGGACGCCAAUUGCGGCGAGCCUAUUGUCUUGAAGUGCCAAGCCAUCAGAAUUCCGACCUGCCCCUGGUAAGGCAGUCCUCGUCAGAGGCUUCAGAAGAAGAGUCCGAAAGUACUGACUCGGCCGCCAAAAAUGCGGCAUCCCGACGGAGCUGUUCUCUCGUCUCCUCUUUCUUCCUGAGAAUAUUCCCUUUCAUCAAUAUCCUACGCGCCUAUGACCUGCGUUCGGGCCUGCCCAGUGAUAUUAUUUGUGGCUUUACUGUCGGAAUAAUGAAUAUUCCCCAAGGUAUGGCCUACGCAAUGUUGGCUACACUGCCCCCAGUAUACGGCCUCUACUGUUCUCUGUUCGCGCCCUUCUUCUACUUCUUCCUUGGCACUUCGCGGCAUUUGGCCAUGGGUACCAUCGCAAUUGUCAGCCUUCUCGUCGGCGGUUCCCUCGAUCGGGCUGUUGCUGCCUUGUACACAUACCAAAAUAUUGUUGUCGCGGUUAUGCAGCAGAAAAUGUCUAAUCUCACUAUUGUUAACCCUUGA